AUGCCUCAUUCAGAUACUGAGUCCACAGGGUCGGAGAUCAGCUUCGACUACGAAGAUGACGACAAUCUGGUGAUCCUGUUUGAGGAGGCCUACAGUGACGACGCUUCUCAAGGCACUCAAGAAGACUAUUCACAAGAUGAGCCGCAAAAUCUUACUCUGCGUCUGAAGCCCUCGCCAAACUGCCUUACCCUGUGUCAUUACAGGCCAAUGAAGCUCAGCUGGUACAUCAUGGAAAAGAUGAUCAUACCUGCCCGGAAGCUCACGAAUACCUUGAUUCUCGGGCACUCUUUGGACGAGAUAUUAGUGAUGUUGCACUAUAAGAAGUGGCUGGUUGACGAGCUAACAAGCGACUUUUACGAUGAUCUGGACAGACUACGAGAGAAGUGCGGUCUUCACCGAGAACCGAACAAGACAUAUCCUAUCACCAAGCAUGAAGACUACAUGUGCUAUAUUUGCUGUGAGUCGGGACCAAUGGAGACAUUCAGCUUAUCAUGUGGGCAUGAGUUCUGCGUUCAGUGCUACGGUCAGUAUCUAGAUGGGAUCAUCAAGAAGGGUGAACUCGCACAGUGCAUGGAUCCUCAGUGCAACAUGGUCUUGUAUCAUUCUGAUGUGGAGAAACUCUUACAGUUUGUUCCACCUGAGGAAGAAGUACCCAUGGAAAAGCUUGACAUCGAUUCUGAUAGCAGCGAUGAGGAAAGUGUCGAGAACAAUGUGGCCGAUUUCAACAACUACGAGGUGAACCUUGCCACAGAAUACGACCUUCAUUUCAGUAAUGUUGAGUUCAAGAAUGAGUCAUGGCCCAACGAAUCUAGUGAGCCACUUCUUCAAAAUGCGCUUCUCCAAGCAGCGGCAAAGCUGGCACUAGAAGCAUCAAGAAAACGGUACAAAUGGUGCCCGGCCGUGGACUGCGAUGGCUUUGUUGAACUCUCUGGCGAUACCAGACCUUACGAUUAUGAUCACAGAAAGAAUGAGCUUUUGAAACACACGCCCAUAGCAGAGAGGCAGAAUGCACUUAAUCGUUAUCUUCAUUACUACAAGCGUUUUGCGGUGCAUCAGCGCUCAAUGAAAGGAGACGAGAAAACCCUUGCCAGCAUACAUCGUUAUAUGCUCUUGUACAUGAAGUCACAGACGACUAACAACAAGAAAAACGUUUCGUGGAAUGACGCUCAGUUCAUGUCAGAUGCGAUUCGCAGUCUUAUUGGAGGCAGAAGAACAUUGAUGUGGUCUUACGCAUUCAUGUUCUACCUUGACAAGAGCAACUAUUGCGAUAUCCUUGAGGGCAUGCAAGACUAUCUCAAUGAUAGCGUUGAAUCGCUUUCGAAGAUCUUUGAGGAUGUUGGAGCGGAAAAGAAGAAGAAGUCGGAGGAGAACAUCAUGAUGGCCUUGACAAAGAAGAGGACCAAAAUUGUUCACUUGUCGCCGAAUGAGCUUCGUCACAGAGCCAUUCGAAACGAACAGAUUAGACACAGUUCUACUUCUGCCCUUGAAACUCCUCGGGCAGUGGUACCGCCCUUGAAGAAUAUCCAAAUGGUUCAAGAUGCCCCGUUCAGAACCCUCAAUCCUCCACAUUCGCAUAAGUUUGGCAACAGAUGGGCUCAGUUCAAUUUGGAAGAAGUACAACAAAGACCGAAGUCGGCAGAAGAUGAAUCCGUUAAUAAUUCAGUACCUACUCCACACAAGAGACGUAUUAACAUUUCUCCCAUGACUCAACUAAAACCCGCAUUACACUCACAGACAUCAGAUUCGGAAAACUCGCCUGCUGAUAGAGAUCAAGCUGAAGCAUCAGAUACUUAUAAUUCCCAUCCUUCGAAUAAUUCAUCUAUCACUGAGAAGUUUCUGGGUCAGUCAUGGGCUCUGUUAAGUCGUUCGGGCAAAGUCAGCAGCCAUGCCUCGAUGAAUACUCUUGUGCCGAUGCCUAAGAGCAAGAUAGAGUUGAAUAGAGGCGCCAGUGAUGAUGUCGAAGAAAUAAAUGACAGGAUUGAUAGGGACGAGGACCGGCAGCUUGCAACUGGGGAUGCUGACGAUGUCGAGACCACGGAUAUGCUGACAAUUUUUGAGAUUGCUAAAGAGAUUCAAGACUUUCAAGAUUUGGUUGCGAGGCAAGGUAAGCAGAAGUCUGAGGGUGCUAACCGUACCACACAAAGGAUGCUUGACCUCAAGCAAUAUCAAGAAGAGCAGGAUGCGCUGGUUGUGUCACACCUGCUCGAUCAUGCUGUAAAAAUCCAGAAUGAGGCACUUUUAUCUACUUGGACAUCAAUACGACUUCGAUUUUCCAGUCAUGUUAUUGGAGACUCCCAGUCCAACCUCAGAUGUUCUGCGGGAGUACUUGGAAGUAUUCAACGUUGCCCAAUAAGGGCCAAAUCGCAUGAGACGAAUAUGGUGGACGCAUCUAAUAAAGACGAAUACCUUAUGAAUUUGUGGACUGAAGAGUUUCAGGAAACUUUCGACGGUCGUCUCAGGCUGACGCUGAUAAGCAAUGAUGAAGGCGAGGAUAUAUACAGCGGGCCAUCCGACAUGUCCCACAUGGCACUGCAUACUCAUCCGGAAGAUGAGCUCUAUGGUGAAGACAUUCGAAGGCCUCAAGCCAACGACGAUAGUGAAUAUGAAACUUCAGAAGAAGAGACUUCGCUUCCAAGGCCUCGUGCUAGAGGAACCGGACUUACUACUCGCUGGCCUCGAGAAAGAGAAUAUAGAGUCAGGCAAUUUGGUGCUGACUCUGAGGUACUUGGGUCAGCUCGUGAAAGACUUCGUCGCCGGAGUCUCUCAAGAGCCAGGAUACUUAGAUCACGAAUUCUCGUCUACGAUUCUUCCUCUGAUCUGUUUAUCUUGUGGUUCCAAAACACCGACCACUUCAGAUCCUACGAGUAUUUUCUCAGACGUCGUCCCAGCGUGGCAGCCAUGAUCGCCUUGUACAUAUUUCUCACAAACUACAACAGUUCCAUGAGUAAAAGAGUUAAUUUGCCGUACGCCUACCAGGAUUUGUUUCCUCAGGCAGCCAAUCUGCCCCGUGACUUCCGAACCCCUGGCUCCAUCUCGGCUGCGUCAUUUGCCGAGUCAUCUUCGAGAAACACAGCAUCGGCAUUCGCUCCAGCCAGAACACAUGAUAGACAAGGCUUGUUAGGCAAUUGGAAGAGAUUGCUCAAGAGGCUCUUCAAGCCAAAAACUCUUGAUUUUGAAACCGCAACAUGGGAAGUGUUCCACUUAAUCGUCAACCCUAGAAAGAUGUACAGAUCAAACUACACAUACAAACAGCAGAACAGCAGAAGAUCCUCCUACGCUAGAGACGACCCUUCGUUUUUGAUCUUGCUCACAGCACUCUUGUCUUUCAGUGCAAUUGCAUGGGGAUUGGCCUACCUGCCUCACUUCUGGGACAUUGUCAAGCUAAUUAUCAAUAUGGUGUGCGUGGACUUCUACGUGACGGGUUUCUUCAUCGCCACUUUGCUGUGGCUUCUCACGAACAAGUUGGCAAAUUCGCUGUUCUCAAUUCCCCAUGCCUUUUCUGCUGCUUCUCGUUAUAAUGUCAACUACAUCGAUUGGACCUUCUGUUUCGAUGUCCACUGCAACUCGUUCUUGAUGAUCUGGUGCCUUCUUUACAUGUUACAGUUCUUCUUACUUCCCCUUAUAAACAGCAAAAAACUGUUCGUCUCCUUGUUGUUGGGAAACUCGCUAUACUUCGGUGCUGUGGGUUACUACUUCGUCAUCACGUUUUACGGGUUCAACUCUCUCCCAUUCUUCAACAGUCUAACAUUAACCCAGCUAAAGUACUUCAACUUAUUAUAA